UUUAACAUUUUGAUUUGCGAUUACAAUGUUACAAAUACCUCAUCAAAUUACAUAAUUCGCAAAUCGAUCAUAAAAGAAGAACAAUACCCUAAUCUAUCAGAAAAAGAUAAAUAUUUGUGUGUCGCGUGAACUGCUUGCGUCAAUUCUCCCCGUUAUCUUUUGAUAUUAUAUAAAAGGACCAAACGCCGAUAUGAAACAAGUCAAUGUCAUCCAUUCCCCGCACAAUGGAAGCGUGUGUUAUUUCGCAGCCCUGGGUCAAAGCUGCUCCAACGAGACAAGUAUUGGGGAAGCGACAUGCUGUGCUUGGAUGGAGUGCGACCUCAGCCAAUUUGUAUGCGUCUGUAUAUCUGGUGCGGAGCCGAAUGAAGACCUGAAUGGAUGCGAUGUUGUUACAGACGCAACUUUGGUAGUGACCUUGAUAUUAUCACUCACCGCCGCCUGCGGGAUCAUUUCUUAUUUGUUUGUGAAAUUGAUGAAGAAGCUGCGGCAGAGGAGAGACGUUGCUGCUCAAAAUGUUCCUAGCGGUGCAGUAAAUGUAAGGCAAAUCGAUUCCGACCGGAAUACUGACUCACUCGAACCAAGGAAUCGAUCUCCGCUCUACUUGAUCAUGAACGAAAUCGAUAACAACUCUCAAGGAGACCUGCCAGAAGGUGCUUGGCAAACUGUCAUCGAAACCUACGACCUUCCACCAGCGUACCCAGGAACGCCGCAAGAGGAAUCGCCACCACCGUAUGCCUCCGUUGUUAAAUGAUUAAUUUCUCGACAGACUGAGAAAAUGGAAAGGAAAUCCGGUUCAGGUGUUAUGAAAACAUCUGAAGCAGGAAAUUUGGCGAUUUGAAGGCGCAAAUCGCAAAUUAUUUAUGAAAGAAAAACAUAUCUGUUAUUUUUAAUUUAAUUCAUCGACUGGGAUUGAAAGUUAAAUAUUUUGUAAGACGAAAUAAACCUAUUAAUAUCAGGGCGAAACGGAAUAAAAAAUGUUUUUAUCACUAUAGUGGCGACACGGACAUCUUGAAAGAUGUUUAAUAAAAACCCGUGUUGUAUACGAUA